CGCUCCCAUCCCAAUAACACGGUUAAUACGAUACAUUUGGCAUCCCCGCAUCCUCCCAGCCGGCCAUCAUCUGUCCUUUGAUUCCUUCUCUGUUCCAAUUUGUGCCGAUUUGGUUACCUUUAUCAGCUUUCCUGUGUAAAUUAAUCUCUUCGUUUUAACAAGAUCAAAAUGGGUCCUCCAUUGUAUGGUGAUUUAGGUAAACAAGCCAGAGAUAUCUUCAGCAAAGGAUAUCACUUUGACCUCAUCAAGCUUGAUAUCAAAACCAAAACCCCAACUGGGGUAGAGUUUGCAACUGGUGGCACAUCCCAGAUUGAAAGUGGAAAAGUAUUUGGUACAAUCGAGUCCAAGUAUAAAUUCAAGGACUAUGGUUUACUUUUCUCCGAGAAAUGGAACACGAACAAUGUUUUAUCCACCGAGCUCUCUCUGACAGAUUUCUUCCCUGGCACCAAAAUUUCUGCAGACUGCUCCUUCGCUCCUCAGACUAGUGAGAAGUCAGCUCGAGUAAAGAGUCAGUUUGUCAAUCAGUUGGUGGCAAUAAACGCUGAGGCUGAAUUCAAGGCCCCUCUUCCUUUGGUCUCCUUGGCUGCAGUUUUAGGACAUAAGGGUUGGUUGUGUGGUUAUCAUUUGAAAUUUGACACGAAAAGCAAUAAGCUGAAGUCAAACAAACUGUCUCUCGGCUAUUCCGCAAAGGAUUUCCAUGUUCAGUCACAGAUCAAUGACGGUAAAGAAUUUGGAAGUUCCAUCUACCAGAAAGUAAGCCCAAAAUUAGAAAUUGGUGUAGAUCUCGCCUGGUUCACUGAGAAUAAUGACACCAAGCUUGGUAUUGGUUUGAAAUAUAACUUAGAAAACAAUGCUGCCCUCAAAGCAAAGGUUGACAACCAGAGCCGUAUUGGUCUUGGAUACUCCCAAACUAUUUCACCAGGUGUUACUAUUUACUUGUCCACCCAACUAGACGGACAAAAUUUCAACCAAGGUGGACAUAAGCUUGGUUUUGCCCUUGAUUUUGAUUUGUAGAGCUGAUGAUUCUGAGUUCAUCCAUCAUUUAGAAUGAUUUCUAUGUUAAUAAUAACUUAGUUUCUUCCUAUUUUAUUUUAAUUUGUGAAUCGUUCUCUGUACAUUUUGGCAUUUUGAAGGUACCUUAUAAAGCUACCUUCCUUCUGUGUCCUUAUUGAUUUUUUCCUUUUAUUAUUAUUAUUUUCUUUGCCAGUGGAUUGGUGAUUGAAGUAGCGAUAAGAAAGUUGUGAAAAUCGUAUUGGUUUCCUUUUGUGUCGUUAAGUUUAUUUUAAGAUCAGAAGUCAUGGCAGUAAGGCUUUCACUAUUUUACAAACUGAUGCUCAUUGAACCGUACCUCGGAUUAUUUUAAUUUAUUUUUAACUACUUGAUUGUUGUCUUAAUUUUAUUCCAGUUGUCGUUUUGUUCUUAUCACUGUAUUUAAUCAAUGAAUUAAGGUCCUUGCUUUGAAUUCCACCCUGCAAUUUUUGGUUUCAUUUUGCUGAAGUAAACAACUUUGUUAUAGUUACUUGCAAAAAAUGUAUAUUUCAUCAGUUACAAAAAUAAAAUAAGAAAAAUUACCAGCGA